AUGUCUUCCCUCCUCCGUCUUCCAACCGAAAUCCUAGCCAAGAUCAUGCUCGACUACCAAGCUCUCUUCCCACCCGUUUCCCCUGGGCCCAGUUUUCAUCUUGCAGCUGGGCAGAGGACCGUCGCUUCAUGCAGGUGGAUCGUCAUCACGUUUGUUUGCCGACGUCUGCGCCAGGUCGCGCUGGAUGAUUGUCCCUAUCUGUGGACAGACAUCCUCAUGGAACCUCGAUGGGUACCCAAAUUUCUAGCACGAUCGAAGACACUCCCCAUACGCCUUCGAGUGCAUGAUAUGACUCACCUGGACGAUUAUGGAAGGGAGCUGAUGUUCUAUGGGUCGAUUCUGGACGACCAGUCUUAUCGCACGAAAGAGCUCAUCAUAAAGACUAACUCCCGAAAGUUCCUCACAAUGCUACUAGCAAGGCUUCCAGCCUCUGCACCUUCUCUGCGAUAUCUUUCAAUUGAGUGUACAGAGACGAACUAUUCUGGACCCGCCCCGAUCAGCUUUUUGAGCAUCUCAGUCCCCGGCCUUCGUCGUCUCGAGCUGAACGGCUACUUUCUCCCAUGGUCCGCAUCCGUUUUCCACGCCGGCCUUACUUCCCUCAAGAUUCACGACAGUCGUUCCGACCCCUCUUCACGUAUACCUUCGCUGGUAUCGUUACUCGACGCACUCUCGGGCAUGAGCAGCCUUCGAUCGCUCAUCCUCGACAACUUACCCCCUUCGCCUGAAUCUCCUAGCGAGAGUCACCGUGACGCUGUCGCAACCGCAACCGUCCAAUUGCCCGCACUCAGGUCUAUCCAGCUCGAAGGCCCUGCGAACGAUUGCGCACGUCUACUGCGCCAUUUGACGUUCAGCUCGGAGCUGAAGUCGUUCAAAGCGACCUGUGGGUAUGGAGCUGCCUACAAGCCGCUUUUCGAGUGGAUAGCGCACUCGUUUCCGGGAGGAAGGCAUCAGGCAUACGGAUAUGAUUCAGAGGGUGAUGUGAGGUCUGGGAACGGCCAAAUGCGCCGUUUGAGAGUCCAGCGAUCUUUGGAGAGUCAGGAGCUUGUACAUAUGUUGCAUGUCUUUGAGGGCUGGACGGUAGCAUCGCCGAUGCGAAAGUCGUCGUCUCCGGUUUUCGACCACGACAACUACUGCGACAACGACAGCGUUGAUAACGACCCUGAUGAUCCCCAGCUGGCGAUCUCGUUCAUCAAGCGUCGAGGCGACGACAACGAUGCGCUCAGUCCCAUCUCGGGAUUCAUGCAGUCCCUACGCCUCGGGGAUGUCGUAUCGCUGGAUAUAGCUGGAAACGCAAACAGAGCAGACGAGUGCUUGACACGAUACCUCCCAGAGAUGACACGACUGGAGCAUGUCCGUAUUGCGAAUGCCGACCGGGCGCUCGCGACCUUCCUCACCAUCUGGAUCACCGAACGGCAUAUCACGCCAGAUGUGCGAUAUCACGAUACGUUCCACCAGAUGAAGAGCCUUACGAUCGCGAAUGUACAUUGGGGCUUUACAUUCAGGGAUGAGAGCAGAGGGGAUGAGUCAGAGGGUAGAGGGUUACGCAGUUUGUUCUUGAACGCCCUUGUGCAGCGGAAGAGGAUCCAUGACAGAAAAUUGGGGGAGCUGCGGGUUGAGAGGGGGGAUGUGGGGCUGAUGCUGGAGACAAUUGAGCGCUUUGUUGAGACUGUUGUGGAGGAAGAAAGGAACUAA